AUGGGCGACGCUGGCGCAUACGUUUGGUUCGCCCUCACUCUUCAAUGCGUGUCUGUCCAUUUGUCGGUGAGGUGUUUUAUGGCGCGACUUAACACCAGAGGGGAGUCCACCGCCGCCAACUACGUGCCAACUCUCGCAAGGCACCGCGGGAAUGAAGUGAAGGCGGAGUUGAGGCACUUGUUGUGGCGCAGGUUGAGGGUGCGACAUGCGGAGGUGAUCCCCGACGUCAUGUUUCGUUGUUUUCGGAUUCUUUUUUUUUUGUUUCUCUUUUUUUUUUUUAUUUGGACUGAGACGGGAACGUGA